GUCACCGACACCUCCUCCUCAUUGCUCUGCUCAACAGGAAAAAGACAAGGAUGUGGCGUUUGACGGCGACGCUGCUGGUGGCGGCCCUGGCCUCGGCCACUCCUCAGGGAGGCUACCUGCCGCCACGAGAGGACACGGUCUGUGAACCUGUCACCUCCGUGGUUUAUGACACCAGAGUCCAGACCUCCGUUAAUGUCCAGACCGUAGACCAGAUCAACACACAGUACACCACCACCACCCUGGUCACACAACAGGUCGUACCAACUACUCUUUUCCAGACUCGCGUUCAAACUCAGGUUCAGUACCAGACCAGUGUGGUCCAGCAAACAACAACCUUGUUAAAUGACAGAGUUGUGACACAAACUGUUCCAAGCCCACCACGUCAGGAAGUUGUUUAUGUCACAUCAACACGUGUAGUCCCACAGGUCAGUUACGUCACCAGCACACAGGUGCAAACACAGGUCGUACCUGUGGAGGUGACUAGCACACAGGUGCAGACAGUCCCUCAGCUCGUCACAAACUACCAGACUCAAACACGACAGCAGACCCAAGUCGUGUCAGUCCCCGGCCGUGACGUAGUACAGACCCGGGUCCAGACUGUGGUUCAGACCUCCAUCGCAACGCGUCAACAGCCGGCCAACACGCGUUACGUGACGUCAACAGGCGUGCAACAAGUGGUACAGACAAGCGUCUACCGCGAGCAGGAUGUUGUCAGGACGAGCGUGGUCCAGCGUCAACAAGUCAUCCCUUACACUUCUGUCAACACCCGUUACGAAAAUGCUUACACUACCCUCGAGCAAGUGGUCACCAGCACCAACGUUGUCACUCAGACUCAAGUCAGCACCCAAGUGGUUCCACAGGAGGUGGUGAGAACCCAAGUGGUGCCCACUACCAUCUACACCACCAUUUACCAGACCCGAGUGCAAGCCUUCACUCAGGUGCAGACCGUGGUCCAGACCCAAUAUGUCACCCCCGCCCCUGUGGUCCAGACCCGUGAGGAAACCCGGACCUCGGUGGUCCAAGUGCCUGGCCAGGACCGCGUGGUGACCCAACAGGUGGUUCAGACACAGCAGCAACAACAGGUCGUCUACCAGACAGUCAACCAGCCACGACAAGUCACCGUCACACAGACCAUUACAGCCACCUGUGGCCAGACAGGAUACAACUACAACGCUCCUGCAACUCCCUUUAACUUCGGCAAAUAACAAUUUUGGUGAUAUGACAACAUAAAGAUAUCUGCGGGAAAAGACAUCCGAGGGAAAAUAUAUAUAUAUAUAUAUAAAGAAAGAUAUCUGAGGGAAAGGGUAUUUAAAGAAAAAUAUAUUUAAGGGAAAAGAUAUCCGAGGGGAAAUAUAUUUGAGGGGAAAAGAUAUUCGAGGGAAAAUAUAUCUGCUGGAAAAUAUACCUGAGGGAACACUACGCACAAGAGGCACAGCAGCACCACGAACAUUCACAAGUUCAUCUGAAGUAAACGAAAUGGUCUGAAAGACAAUCAUCUCUGUAUGCGAAAUUUACAAGGGUCUCUCUUUCUAUUUAUGUUAGUUACAAAAAUAAACAAAGAAUAAAUUAUACAUUUUUAACUAUAUUCCAGCACACAAGAAUCAACUAACUUCCAUACAGGUAAGGUUUUCAAUUAUUGAAAUGCAGGUACAAAUUUGCAAAAUACGUUUACGUAUAAGACAUUCUCUCAUGCGUGUGUAGUGUGUGCGUGUGCGUGCGUGAUCGCUGACCUACAUGUAGGUAGAGUGAGUUAGGUAGACUGCAAGUGUACCGAGAGAUGUGACACACAACUGUUAAGUCUGAACGUGAACAAAAAUAAAGUUAUGGUUUCUCAAUGUCUAGGACAGGAGGCUUUUUAAACUUGAUAAGGCUCACAAGGUGCAGGCGACGAGUCACAAUAACGUGGCUAAAGUAUG